AUAACGUGUGCGUGAAGAGUACGUGUCCGAUAUCAGACACGACUGCUGCAUUAUUUUGUUUAUAAAUAUUGAUACUUGAUUAAUUUACCAUGAAGUAUUACUUAACGACACUGUUGAUAGUUGUAAGUUUAACUAUUCGUAGCGAAUCAUCGCUAUUCGAAAGUGAUUCGUGUUAUUCCUUUGGAAGCGGUAAUGUUUUUCCCGGCGGUGCCAGGAAAAUAGAUCAUAAAUUACAAGUUACAAAAGCCGUAAUUUCAAAACCAGCACCUGAGUGGGAGGCGACAGCAGUCGUCAAUGGAGAAUUUACACAGCUAUCUUUGUCGAGUUUCAAAGGAAAAUACCUCGUCUUCUUCUUCUACCCCCUAGACUUCACAUUCGUUUGUCCCACGGAAAUAUUGGCGUUUUCUGAACGGAUCGAUGAGUUCAAGAAAAUCAAUACCGAAGUGGUGGCGUGUUCAGUCGACUCUCAUUUCACUCAUUUGGCGUGGAUUAAUACUCCCAGAAAAGAGGGUGGUCUAGGAAAAAUCAACAUUCCUUUACUUAGCGAUCUCAGCCAUUCCAUUGCUAAAGAUUAUGGUGUAUAUUUAGAAGAUCUGGGCCAUACUUUGAGAGGCUUGUUCAUUAUUGAUGACAAAGGCAUAUUAAGGCAGAUUACUAUGAACGAUUUACCAGUAGGCCGAUCUGUUGAUGAGACCUUAAGAUUGGUUCAAGCAUUCCAAUAUACAGACAACCAUGGCGAAGUGUGUCCAGCUGGAUGGAAACCAGGACAAGACACGAUCAUUCCUAACCCAGAUGAGAAAAAAAAGUACUUCGAAAAGAUGGCAAAAAAUUAAAAACUUCUGUUGAUAAGCAGCUUACUGAAAACCAAGUUAAUAAUUAGCGUGGUAUAUUUUAUUAUAAAUAUCUUACUGUAGAUUAACUAAAUAAUCGAUUUCCGAAUCCGAUAAGAAAGAUAACAAUAGCCUUACGGGUAGCUAAAAACUACGAUAUAAUCACAAUUAGAUUAGAUCUGUUUGUCUUUUUAUUAAUAAGGGUAAUACUCAUGAAAUAUUUAAUGAAGCAAGAAAUGACAAAUCAAUUUAAAUAAAAAUCAUUAAUUUUAAAACAAUUCACAAGUACCUAACUUAAAUCAUUUUUUUCAUGUUCGCUGAUUACCUAUUAACAGUAUUGCACGUUUCUGUUUAGAUAAUACCCCCGAAAUAUAACUAUACCUAACCUAUUGAUAAUUCUGUUCAGCGGUUGCUAUGAUAUUCUGAAAUGUAUUUAAGGUAUAUUUCUUCCACUUUUAUCAUCACUUGAAAUUUACGGUAAGACUGAUAAUGUUUACAAUAAAUUUAUUUUAAUAAUG